CUAGACGACAGCACGGGGCGGGGUCUGCGCGCGGGGGCGGGGCCUGGGCGACGCGGGGCCGGCGGGAGCAGAUGGCGACGGCGCUGGGCGCCUGAGCGGGCUGGGGCCAUGAGCGCCGCCCGGCCCCAGUUCUGCAUCGAUGACGCCUUCGAACUGUCCCUGGAGGACGCGGGCCCCGGCCCCGAGUCCGGCGGAGUCGCCCGCUUCGGGCCGCUGCACUUCGAGCGCCGGGCCCGGUUCGAGGUGGCCGAGGAGGACAAGCAGUCCCGCCUGCGCUACCAGAACCUGGAGAACGAUGAGGAUGGAGCCCAAGCCUCUCCGGAGCCGGAUGGGGGAGUCAGCACCAGGAACACCCAGCCCAUGUCCCAAAGGGUCCCCUUGCCCCCUCACUGGGCCCACUCGUCCUGCAGAGAUUCGGGCCGCACAUCCAUCCGCAGCUCGCAGUGGUCUUUUAGCACCAUCAGCAGCAGCACUCAGCGCUCCUACAAUGCCUGCUGCAGCUGGACUCAACACCCUUUGAUCCAGAAGAACCGCCGGGUAGUGCUGGCCUCCUUCUUACUCCUCCUGCUGGGGCUGGUGCUGAUCCUGACCGGCGUGGGACUGGAGGUGGCCCCCUCGCCAGGUGUCUCCAGCGCCAUCUUCUUCGUGCCCGGCUUCCUGUUGCUGGUCCCGGGAGCCCUGACCAACUCACCAGCCUGGCCACAGCCCGGUCCUGGAAAGACUGAGAAAAGGACUGACCCUGGGGGUGAAGGGAUCCAGGACUGUCCCUCUCCCCAUGGUACACAGGAUAGUCCUGAUGCUCCAAGACUUGCCCAAGGUCACAGUACAAUAGGGGCAGAGCUGCCCUGCAAGCCUGGAGGAGGCCCGGCCAGCCUCUGACUUGCUCAGUCCUCAGUGGAGUCGGUCCCACCUAUACCUGCAUUUGGAGAGGUAGCAUUGGUGCCUGUCCUGGUGGCCCUGGCCAGGGGCACCAGAUGACGCAGGCCUGCGGCCUGGAGGCUGGUAUCCUGGUUCCAGCCUGGCUCUGGGGCCCUGGGCUGGCACAGCCAGUUCCAAAUAUGGGCCACCAGGAGGCAGCAGCCCAGCCUCCUCCACCGGCUGCCCUACUUCCCAGCCCCAGAAAGUGGGAGAAGUAGGGGGCAAAGGACACAGGAAGCAGGACCCAUAUGACAGAAAACCUCAGUGAUCAAAGACUCUCAGAACACUGGAAACAGACCGUCUCAGAAUCUGGGAAUGUUCGAGCAUCUCAGGAUCUCAAUGAGCAGGAAACAGAAUCUUUGAGAACCCUGAAAUCUGAGAUCAUAAUAGCUGCCAUUUAUCAGACUCUUAGAAGGCAUCAGGUCCCGUGUGAAGCACUCAGCCCAGGUUACGUCCGGUACUCCUCAGAGGAAGCCGAGACCCAGCAAGAUGGCUCCACCAAAGGCAAGAGUUAGGAACGUAACCCUGGGCGUCCAUGCCUCCGAGGGAGCUGAGGAUCAGCUAGCUGGCCCGGCCCCCAGCUGACCGACUGAGGGGCUGGCCGAACGGGUGUGGGCUGAGGAGGCUUUGGGUGCGGGGGGAAAAAAAGAUUAUAUCGGAGUCAGCCAGCUCUACUCCACAGGCCCGAUAGAGUCCCAGCUAAGAAUGGCUUUCACAAUUUAGUAAUGCCUGGAGUUCCCGUCAUGGCUCAGUGGUUAACUAAUCCGACUAGGAACCAUGGGGUUGUGGGUUCGAUCCCUGG